UUUGCCUUGACUCAGGUAUUGUGCAAGAUAAUUAUCUCACAGCUUAAGCUUGGGCUACCUGUCACUUAGAGGAAGUUUCUUUACCAUUAUUGUGUGUUAAUUAAUUAAGUGGCCAAUAUAGUAUUAGUCUUAUCAGAGUUUAUGCAUGUCAUUCAUUCAUAAUGACUUUCAAUAUUCUUAUUUUCUAGACAGAGAAAUGGAGCCGUCUAGACAGUCAUAAAAUGACAAUCAUGGAAGCAGUGCAUCUCUUGGAUGCUUUGGUAGAUGAAAGUGACCCAGACACAGACCUACCAAAUUCAGUACAUGCCUUUCAAACAGCAGAACGUAUCCGUUCUGUCCAUCCAGACAAAGACUGGUUCCACUUGACAGGUCUUCUUCAUGACCUAGGAAAAGUCAUGGCUUUGUGGGGAGAACCUCAAUACUGUGUUGUGGGAGACUCUUUUCCUCUUGGCUGCAAGUUUUCAGAACAUAUAGUCUUCCAUGAGACAUUUAAAAACAAUCCAGACACAAAAGUUCCAGAAUACAGCUCAAAAUAUGGCAUCUAUGAACCAAACUGUGGCCUUGACAAAGUCACAAUGUCUUGGGGACAUGAUGGUAUGACAGUUCUUUAUUUUAGAUUUGUUUCAAUUUNCAGCAAAUUUGACCUCUACUCCAAGUCUGAUAGUGUGCCAGAUGUUGAGGCUGUGUCACCAUACUAUGAAGAACUGAUAGCCAAGUACUGUCCUGGAGAACUGUCUUGGUAAAAAGACUGCAUAAUAAAGAACUGAUGCACAGGCUACAAAUGAUAUAACAUAUAUAUUCAGUUGUAUCAUGCAUAUUUAAUUAUUUUGGAUUUUCUAGUAACCUGAGUACAGGGUCAGAAGACCUUAUCUGAUCUUUUAUUAGAAUGAUACAAAUGAAUAGCAGAAGUCAGCUGUCAUAGAAUUGUACAAUAAAACAACUCUAUAAAUAGCUAUACAAAGGGUAAAAUGAAACUGACUGCACUGAACUAAAAUAUGGCUGCAUGUAUUGUAAGUAUAAAAAUGGGGCGAUGAAUUUGUUAACGAAAUUUGAUUUCACUCUUCACCUCAAACAUGCAAUACCCGGUAUUCGAAUGAAUUCAAGCUCAAAGAGCAUUGGGUCAGUGUCUGACUGGCUGGACCCAACAGGCAUUUGUGAAUAAUUAAGAAUUUUUUGUUAGUGUAUGCAUGUUUAAAAAAAGACCGGUCAGUAACAUGACACUUUCCAUUCACCAUCUAAAUUUUUGGUUGUAAAGGUGUUUAAAAAGGAAGUGUCAAAAAGAAUGAUAAGAAAUAUAUUGUUGGUGAUUUAAAACUAAAAAUUACAUCAAACUUGAAAAGUAAGACUUGAUGAUUUGGCAAAAAGCACUAUAAAACAGGAGGUAAAACCAAGUGCUAUCUGAUAAUCGCUCACUUUCAUAUAUUUUUUGCAAAAUUAUCUAUAUAGUCCAUAUAUAUGGGGUAUUUAUAAGUUGCUACUUUUUUGUUUAAUCUCAAACUUUUUAAGCUCAUAAUGUAACCUUAGAUUACCUGGAAAUUUGAUCCCUUAAAGGGACACUGCCACGAUAUAUAUGCUUAAAACUGUUAUAAAUUCAUGAAAUGGUCCCUAAAUUUAUGUAACAAGAACUUAAUUGGCUCUAACUUAAUGAUUAAAAACAAUUUCUUGAAGGAAGUCUACACUGCAACAUUUUUUCAAAAUUUCAAAGGUUUUUUGAGCCAAACUUGAACCUUUGAAAAACUGACAUCCCGAUGCUCAAUGAUCAAUAUAUGUUUUUGAGAUUUCCAAAAUCAUGCUAAAAAUGUUGACAGUGUCCCUUUAGUUAUGAACUAUUUAUGUGUGGGUAUGUUUUUCACUCUGAAUUUGCACUGGGUAUUUUGUUUACAAGGAACUACUGACAAUUUUUACAGCAUCAACACUGGCAAAUUUCACUAGCCCUUAAGUCUCAAGUGUUCAUGUAAAUGGCAGCGAAUUCUGUUGAACUGCUGUCAUAUAUUAGAGUGGUGGUCUGAAAUGGGGUAUCAACUUUUGGCUCAGGAUUGAAAUAAUUAUUUGUAUUCUUAAGCAAUAGAAUUGCUGCAGAGUUACUUGGAUUGAUAAUAAGCCGGUAGAGAUCAGUGUUUCAAUAAAGAAUUUCCUAGCAAAGCAA